CUAGGGUUUUGGUCUUUUCAGUCGCGGAGCCUCUGGAGUGGCACAGAGGGUGAGAAGAUGCCGGCAGGUCAUGGGCAGAGGGCGAGGACUAGGGAUCUUUUCUCCAGGGCCUUCAGGAAGAAGGGUUAUGUGCCACUGACGACGUACUUGAGGACCUACAAGAUUGGGGAGCACGUCGACGUCAAGGUUAAUGGAGCCAUCCACAAGGGCAUGCCUCACAAGUUCUAUCACGGCCGCACUGGAAGAGUCUGGAACGUCACAAAGCGCGCCAUUGGUGUCGAGGUUAACAAGCAGGUGGGUAACAGGAUUAUCAGGAAGAGGAUUCAUGUCCGAGUUGAGCAUGUGCAGCCUUCAAGGUGUACUGAGGAGUUCAAACUAAGGAAAAAGAAGAAUGAUCUGCUGAAAGCAGAGGCAAAGGCAAGAGGUGAGGUCAUUAGCACGAAGAGGCAGCCAGAGGGUCCAAAACCUGGGUUUAUGGUGGAGGGUGCAAUGCUGGAAACUGUUACUCCCAUUCCUUAUGAUGUUGUUAAUGAUCUCAAGGGUGGUUAUUAGGUAUGUUUUGUGUUGGUUUUAAUUAUAUGCUCGGUUUAAGUUUUAAAAGCUGUGGACUUAGUUAGCAAUUUUGGUUGCAAUUCUUCAGUAGUGGCAAUACUUUUGGACAUGUAUUUUAACUUUAUCAGCUUGGAUACUUCAUCCUUAUCUGGUUUAAGAUACAGUGGAUUUUUUCUAUGGAAAGUUGUACUUUUGUUUUCAUGCUUCAA